UUGUAUUCUCGUGAUGAUGCCAUGUGUAAUUUCAAAUUUUACUCCACAAAAUCCUAAAUAAUUUACAACAAUAAUUCUAAAAAUAAGUGAAACAACCCAAAAAAUCUCAAUUGAGAUUAUGGUGAUUUUUUUUUUCCAAAUGUAGAAAAGCAAAUUCAAACUUUAAAAAACAAAAAACAAAAAACGACAACGAACAAGCGGUUUCAAUUUUUGACCGAGCCACACAAAAUCAGUAUGUUAUGUUACGAUUGAUAAACAAUCAACAUUAUUGUCAGCAACCAGUGUGCUGCACAAGAGUUUCUUGACAACAUAGAAGUGUGUCACUCUUUCUUUGCACUUCUUCUCUUUCUCUUUCUUCUCAGUCUCUCACUCACUAGUCACUACUUUACUACAGUACUUCAACACCCCAAAAAAUAAAAAAAAUCCAAAAUUUCAGUGAUUUUGCUGCUACAUGCAAUUGAUACAAUUCAGAAAUUUGGCUCUUUUUCAAGAAAUUUGCAAAAUCAAAUCCAAGACAUUCUCAAGUGUUCUGAUUUUCAGAAGGUUGAUGAUAUUGGGCAUUUUCCACAAUUGAUUAAUUUUUUUCAUGCUGGAUAUGAAUGACUCAAACGAAAUCAGUCUGUAGACAAUAGAAGAUCAUUUUUCAAGCAUAUAAAAUGCAGCCACCAGGUCCACCACGACCAUUUCGAGGAGCCCAAUAUGACAAAGACAUGUUUACUUUUCUGCCUGUGCAAUUAAAAAGGGAUGGUUUGGUUGAGUCACCAAGAAAAAGAAAAUUAACUUCCUCUGAUCACCAAAUCAUUGCUCCUGCCCCAAAUUUGAUGCAUGGCGUUUCUGGAAUUUCAGACUCCAAGAGUUCUACCCCUGUUUUGGGACCAAGGGAAUCAUCACAGGGUUAUUCUGAUCAUAGUCAAUAUUGGGAUCAGAGUGAUUAUGUAGCAAAACGGCAGUUGAAGUCUCCAAAUCAUAAAGCUCCUUCACCUUCAUUUUCUCUCCCAGAGGGCUGCACUCGUAAAACAUUGAAGUUGCUGCCUUCAGGGACAGAAAAUUUUAACCAACAUAAUAAUUGUGAACCAAAUCUGAAUUUGGCUACUAAUAAAGGGUCAAAUUGGUCCCCUGUAGUGACUGAAGCCUUUAGCCAGCAUCAGAACCAUGCACAAGUUACGACUCCUAUUACAUUGGACUGGCAACCUCCUAUUGUUCGGGACUCUUACCAGCACGAGAUUCGUGAGUCAAAUGCAAUUGUAGUGACUCAAAAUACAUCAAAUUGGCAGCAUGGGAAUUAUGAACCAAAUGCACAUGCAGCGACUCAUAAAGAAUCAAGUGGGCCUCCUUCAGAGUCUCAAAACCUCAAUCACUAUAACAACUGUAAAUCAGAUGCACAUGUGGCAAGGGAGUCAAUUGUUAUUCAUCCCCAGGAGAUUUUGAGCUAUGCGCAUCAAACGCCUGUUAAGCCAAGGGCUAUGGCACCAGAUCUUUAUGAACAAGCAUCCAAAAUUUCAGGGGAAUCACAAAGAUUGUCGCAAACUGUUUUGGAGCCUGGAGCCGUUGGUUUGGAUGUAAAAGGUUAUUGUGAAGAAGAAACCUACAAGGUUAACUGUCCUAAUAAUGUCAAAGACUAUGGUGAUGCUGGUGGUUUUGCCGGACUUGACAGUGCUGAAGCUUAUAAAGUUGGAUCUUUCUCUAAUGUUAAGCAAAGUGAAACUGACAGUAAUAAGGUGUCUGGUAACAAUGUCAGUACAUCUGUCUACAAUCUACAGAAUGAAACUAAUAAUCUCCUAAAUGUUUUGAAGCUUUUGAGUGCUGCUUCUGGUGUUGGUUUACCUGAUAAUGAUGAUGGUAAUGUUCAAGGCUCCGGGCAUGAUGUUAAAAUGAUGAAAUCACCAUCAGGUUCUACUAUUCAGAAUCAAAACCAUCUUUCAGCAGAUACAAACCUGUCCAAGAACCCUGAUGAUGUUCCUGUUCUUAAAAACCCUGCCGCAAUUGGUGAAAAAGCUUGUGCUAAAUUAGAUAGUAAAUCCAAGUCUGAAAAUGGACCUUCAGCAUUUGCUGAGAAGUUGUGGGAUGGCACCGUUAAAUUAAGUACCUCUGUUUCAGUGUCUGUCGUUGCGUUCUUCAAAAGUGGAGAGAAGAUGCAGGACUUAAGCUGGUCUGAAUCUGUGGAAGUUAGAGGAAAAGUUAGAUUGGAAGCUUUUGAGAAAUAUGUGCAAGACCUUCCUCGCUCACGCUCUCGUGGACUCAUGGUGAUGUCUCUUUGCUGUAAGGAAGGUUCAUCGGAUGCUGGACAUAAAGGCAUGAAGGAGGUUGCAAAGAAAUAUAAAGAAGGAAAGAGGGUUGGAUUUGCAAAGUUGUCUACUGAUGUUGAUCUCUAUAUUUGUCCUCAUAGUGACGCAAUAAUCACUAUUCUAGCAAAACACGGCUUCUUCAAGGGAAUGGCUGCUAUUAAAGACAAAUCUGAUCCGCUUAUUGGUUGUGCUGUGUGGAAGAAAAACUCAUCUGCUCCUGCCACAAAAACAGCAGAGGGUAAUGCCCCACCAUUAGGUCAGACUUCUAAGGAAGUUGCAACAUCUGAAAAAAGUCAGAUUCUGAUUGAAGGUGUGCAGAAUAGCAGAAGAGACAAUAGUCCGGAGCUUUUGCCCUCCCCUCAAGUCAAUCAAGCUAAGCAGACUAUAGUCACUGAAAACUUGACCUCUGUCAGUGGUGCCUCUAGCAAGUUAUCAGAGUUUAAUACUGAUGUGGAACCAAAUAACCCUAUUCCACCUAUGCCUCCAGUGUCCUCAAAACAACCUGCAGAUAUUUCUGACGAUGAUGAUCUACCUGAAUUUGAUUUUAGAGCUACAGUUUCUCAGGCUCUAGUGAACAAUACUUCAGCUGUUGCUGCACCCACUUCUGCUGAAUUGAAGUCAAUUGAAAUGAAUUCAGAAUGCUCAACUGUUUCUGUUUCGGUGCCAGAUUCUCAAUUUCAACAAGGUGUUGAGAAAUAUUCUGAAGCGCCAAACCAAAGCUUCCCCUCAACUCAAGAACAUAAUCAAAUUGGGAAUUUUCAAGGACCAGCCCUACAAAACAUGGGACAGCAACAUUUCCUUUAUCAAGGACUAGUUCUGCAGAAUACAAAUCAAUAUUCUGAAGCACAUAAACCAAGCUUCCCAACACAAGACCAGAACCAAACUGGACAAUCUCAUGGAUCAGCUCCACUAAACAUGGGGCAGCAAUCUGAAACAAAGAUUCCUAGUUUGUCUGUACAGGAGCAGAAACCAAUGGAGAAGGGUGCUGCUGGUUCGAAGCCAAGAAACCUUUUCGACGAUGAAGAUAUGCCUGAAUGGUGCCCACCAGAUUUCUUGAAGAAGAGGGAAGAAGCAAAUAAAAAGACAGGAUCCUCGUUUUCUUUUAGCAAACCCAAAGUUGCUGGUUCAGGGUUCGCAAAUUUAGCUUCUGGUUGUCUGUUCCCCCUUCCUCCACCUCCACCUCCUCCUCCAUUGACCCAUAUGCAGCUAGAAAGCAAAAGUCACCCAACUGCCCCUCAUCUUCCUAAUCCAGGUUCCAAUGGUUUCUUGCAUGAUAUUUCCACUGCUAAAUCAUCCCAGAUGCAGUUCAAAGAGAGAGACUACUGUUCUACCCCUCAUGUUCCCCCACCUCCUCCAGUUGGUAUUCCAGCAACCAAUAAUUUCAUGCAUCAUAGUCCUGCUGCACCAGCGACUCAGAUGCAAUUCAGAGACAAGAAUCCGGCUGCUAUAUCAUCCCAGAUUCAUUUCAACGAGAGAGAGUGCCGUUCUGCCCCUCAUGCUCCCCCACCUCCUCCAAUUGGUAACCCAGCUACCAAUAAUCUCAUGCAUCAUAGUCCAGCUGCACCAUUGAGCCAGAUGCAUUUUAGAGACAACAAUCCAGCUGCUUUAUCAUCCCAGAUGCAGUUCAACGAGAGAGAGUAUCUUGGCCCUCGUGUCCCCCCACCUCCAGUUAAUAACCCAUACCAAGCUGCUAAUAAUUUCAUGCAUCAUAAUCCAGUUGCUCAAUCAACCCAGAUGCAAUUUGGAGACACAAAUUUCCCUCCUGCCCCUCAUCCUCCACCAUACAUUGAUAAGCCCACAAACAAUGGUGCCAUCCAUCAGAAUCCCUCCUUUCCUCCGGGUUUCGCACCAAGUCCUGCUUUUAGGCCUUGUUUUGAUCAGCCUGGUAUGACGAAUCCUAUCCAUCCCCAUAUUCGGAGUACCAGGCCAUGACUUUCAGGUGUUUUCUAAGGUGGUUGGAGAGAGCAAUAGAAGGUAUUUAUAACUUUGUAGAGAGAUGCCUAGAUAUGGAGAUAGAAUAUAGUUUGAGCAGAAACUGAAAGUAGUUUUUAAGUUGUGUAAAUAAGAUAGAAAUUAAUUUUCCAGCCAGUAAAUUUCUGUACUUUGAAAGGCUAGUCUCAAUGCUAGUUUGCUGACAUCAGCUCAUGCACUAUUCUCAACUCCAUUGUUUGGUUGCAAGGAGAAAUUUUUACUAGUAUAUGUAACAUCUAUAUCAUACGGAUUUGGCUGCA